AGCACAGGUCCCAAUUCGUGUAGAUUGCAUUAUCAUGACCACGCAGCUUCUUCUUGUUCUUCCCAAAAGAAAAAUAUCACCUCCCUCCUACAUAAAGCACAUUAAACUUCGUUGGUUUAGUGUGAGAACUGUAGUGCGACCUGUUGUAGUACAGCCGUAUCAAAAACGAGAUUCUCAACGCCGUAGCUGCAGGAGGAAAUAACCAUGAAGAGCAAAUCUUUCGCGUGUAGAUUUUUUGUUUGAUCAAAAUAUAGUAGUGCUGCGCAACCGCAAGAGAACUAUGUCCAACAUGAGCAGCAGCAAGAGGAUGGUCUGCCGGCGCUACUAUUUUACCUCAUCACAACUGUAUGCAUUGCAAAUAUACGUCUGGGUCGGGAACAUUGUCGGUGAGAGACUUGUAAGAUACAAUUGCCGGCGGGGCUGAGAGCGUUCGGAAAACUUGCCACUGUGCUUGUUUUCACUUCAACGUCGACGUCGUGUUGCAACAUUCUACGAUUCUGCGUCACAAGGUUCCAGGACCACGAGAUGAUGUAUUUUUUGCAAUGCAUACGCACCUUCUGACACUCACGACAUUUUUCGACCAUGGUGUGGUUGUCCGAACAGCAACUACAGCCGAUGAGUGUGAAAAUCGUAUCGUGGAAGAAAAUGCUCCCUCCCGACGCCUCAAGGAGAUUUGUACUGCUGGAUAUGUGUACAAAGGUUUUUCGAUUUUACAAGAAAGCACUGCGUGGUUAUGAUGUGGCCGGUCGCCGUGCAUAAUUGCUGUUCAGUUUACUAUGACAGCACACAGCUCUGGCUGCACGCGAAACCGUUCGUACGCUACAACAAACUGCCGCCCAGGACGAAACCGUUGUCCUGUGCCGGCAGCCGUUGUCCUGGACCGGGUGCCAAAGUGACUUGUACGGGUGAACAAAUUCAGCACGAUACGCAUCAGCUGGCAACUGGGAGGGAGGAUCAUUUUUCAUCGUGAUAAACCUGGGUCCGAGUUUUGUUUGGCGUUCGGAUCGUCCAGAUGAUAUACCGGACAAAUGCAUCGAGAGAACGUGCGCCAACCCGUUCGCCACAGUAUCUGGUGAAGGACACCCGACACCGUUUUUGGAGGCAUCACUCUCGGAGGUAAGGCACGAUGAAGAUACAGACCGGCACUGGUUCCAAGGUUGCAGGGAGGUAGUCGAAAAUCCCGCGGACGUUGAUUGCAGCGGCCUACUUACCGGCAGAUGCACUGCCGAGCAGUGUUGCAAGAGGAUGAAUUUGUGUCAAAAGAAGCCCGCGGAAAGCGAUUGGUCAAAUACAGAGAUCGGCUUGAUACCAGUCUAUCCCUCUUGUGCUGAUCGAGGGGGCGCCGUGAUUGUGGACUUGUACUCGUCGUACCCACAUAGCCUGAUAAAGUGUACAGACGACAUGAAGAACUGUCCAGAUAACGUUUGUUGCUUCGAAGAGGGAGCUGCUACACAAGCACAGAGCUCAAUGACCUGUCAAAAUUUCUGCGAGAAUUUGCGCGACAAAAAUGGUGGAUCACCGUUUCUGGCACCGCUGGGGUCCUCGGACCUUCUGAACAAGGAAUGCGCAAACUUUGACUCUACCGUCGGCGGCUGGUGCAGUGUGAAGGAAUGCCAGUGCGGGUGCAAUGAAAAUGAUGGCUUUUUUAUCACUUUGAAAACAGUGCUGGCCCUCCGAGUUCUCCCAGAAGUGUUGCCAUGCCCGGAAAAUUGUACAGGCAGGAACGUUUUUUACUCGGAAGCUUGUUGGGGAAAAGAGGCACGAACAGCAAGCGAGGUAAGUUUGGUGUAUCAGAACAAGCAUAGUCUGCUAGUCAGUUGAACAAACAGCAACUACCACCUGACGCAUCACUCUAGCCAUACAACUGAGCCUUUCUUACAGACAACGCGCUUCCUUUCUUGGUGAGGCAUUGAAUAUUUGUAUCCGCGGCGCCUGUAUUUGUCGUGGUAAUGCAUUCUGUUCUUCUGGUCAUGAUAUCAGCACCACUGAUAAGGAUAUAACUUUUUCCUGUGGAGACGAUAGGGCCAACGCUUUUCGUUGUGAUAGCCUUCUUGAAAAGUCUUCGCGGCGUGGGCUACGCAACAUCGUUGGCGGACUGCACAACGGAGUACGACAUGGAAAGCACUCCUCCCGUUCAAUGAAUGGUUGUCUUUGACUUUGUCGUGCAUUAAAAUACAAAAUGACGAGAUGAGGCAUGCAUUAGCAUAUAAAUGAAAAUGGGUACUAUGGGAUGAUCCAUGCAAGGAAGCACUCCGCCUCCCUGCAGGCCACAGCCCUGGCAUGCGGAAAAGUACUGAUGCAAUUGGAGAAGAACUAGCGUGCUGUCUUUUUGGUUAAAUUUGAAACACAAGUAAUUGCCGCAGUCGCAUGAUUACUCUCGCCAAAAUAGGCGUCGCACGAAAUCGCAUUUUUGCACCGUGGCGCGCGACUCCUUGUGCGGAAGAUUGUUCUGAGUGAAACCUAUAUCCCCAAAAUUUGUUCGCGGCCCAGUUCUGACGACAAAAAAACAAAGUUUUCAAGAACGAAUAAAAAAAUCAAAAUGCAUAGUAAUAUACAGGACUGGUCCAACCCAACGUACGGGAGGGGGCGGCUUUCCUUACAUUGGGGAACACCUCAUUACGCGUUGCUUAUCCUGAGGGAAAACGCCCGAGCCCCAGAGGCAAGCGGGGAAUUGUGCAUCACAAAUCCGGAAGUUUUGGGAGUCACGCACGACAAGGUCCUAUCGGUGGUGUAGGGCACGUUAGCAAGGAUUGCCGCAUAUCAAAGCCAUGAGCUUAUUAUACUGUUUACAGCAUCACAACUUCGAAACAUGACAACGAAUGCGCUUCAUGGGGAUACGCGUGACAAAUCUUCCUGUGGAUGCAACCCUGCAUGACAACUCUGGGAUGGGGACGUUUUUCCUCUGGAUGUUGCUGUGUGGAAAUUAUGAGUGCCCUGCUGCCACCCCUACGCCGGUGCGGGUAGUGCCCUCGACAUACCCAUUGGAAGCGAGAUUCGACUGCAGUAAUUCCGGUGAUUGCCCUGUGGCUGACGCAGCGGGGGUUUGUUGCUUGGAAAAUAGUGUAGAAGUCACCGCCCAAGGCCAAGAGGGAAGUACUCGCAAUUGCCAAACAUUUUGUACCAACUUGCCGGGCUACCAGGGGCCGAACGAUGCAGAUAAAAAGGCUGCUCGGUGCCGCGAAGAUAAAGACAUGGGCUGGUGUAGUGUGAGGAAAUGCGAGUGCGUUUGUGACACGGAUUCCGGCUUCGCCGUCCAGGACGAUGGGUCUUGCUCGUGUGAUGUAUGCGUUGCAAAUAUGACUGGUUUUCGAAGUAGGAUCACGCAAACUUGUCAUGCUAAUUUUGAAACGAACGGAGAAAAAUCUGCCUUGCACAAUCAGCAUCAAGGGAGCCAUCAAGGAAUGGAUCCGUACGGUCGACCCUGCCUAGUUAGUCCCACAGCGGGGGUUCGCCAAUAUGUAUAGGCGAUGGACUACCCGGUCGGCGGAAAAGCUCUACCGCCGAUCCAACGCUGAUGAUAAUCAGCAUUAAGGGAGGAUGCGCAAUUUUUGUUUUUCGGAGUAAGCAUUCCGCAUGUAGGCUAGGCGUGAGAUGAAAGCCGAAGCCUCCGCAGAGCCUGUUAUUAUAUAUUCUGCGUGCAUUCCAGACCUUCUGGCAGACGCAGAUCCAAAAAGUAAAAUGAGCAUGACAGUAUUCCAGAUCAUCACUAUCGCGGAGGGCAGUGCCUGCACCAGCCAGGACAGGCGCUAUCCAAUCAACCAACCAAAUAUCUGCAUUCUUGGAAACCCAGACACAUUUGCAAUGCAUAUGAUGAGGAACGUGGAUACGUGGCAGUCGGGAAUCAAUUGGCGCAGACAUGCGUUCAAAGAACGUGCGAGAACCCGAAGGCCACUGCGGGCGGCGGUUCUACUGCAUUCACGGCAGCAGAUGUAGAUGUACCCUUCAAAGACGGCUGCGACCCCGUUGGCGACGGGGGCAAGGUAGUUUGCGCCGGUGGCGCGGAGGGCAAGUGCACUGUCACGCAGUGUUGCAAGACCCGGUAUUUGUGCCAAGGGUACGAGGGUGUAUGCUCCAACAACUUCAAUCCUCUCAAGGUGGCGCCCUCAUACGAGGUCCUCGAUUGUGCUGCCUCCAUUGCCGACGCCGACGCUGUCGCGUGCCAACCUGCCGUGUGUUGCACCGAAGAGGACAUAGCGCAAGACCAAAGUGUUAUUGUGCGGAAAAUUUCCUCUUCCCCAUUCCUGGUUUAGAAGCUACUGAUGCUGGCUGUUAGUGGCCUUAAAUCAGGUCUCUCUUGUUGCAUACAGGGGAAGAAGCAGGAGUUCUUGUUGCGCGAAGAAUUGUAAAGUCUGCAACUACAACCUGUGUAGCGUGUAUGCGUUUCAGCUCACGGCCGACCCGUCUGUCAUGCUCGACAUCGGCCUAGGAGAGCCCUGCGCUGCCGUGGCGCAAAACAGGGCUGGUGUCCUUGCUCAAAUCGGCAUGGGAAAAAAUUGGUGUGAACAAAAGUCGGCGGCAUGGCAAAUUAAGUUUAUCUAGCUUCAGUACUAUAGGGAUGAGGGAGAUUUUUUCAUCUUGAUAAGCCAGAAAACCUGUGCAGACUUUUGCGAAAGCCUGGCGGACGGAAAGGCAGAUGGUGCGCGAAGCGUUUUUAUUGCCCCGGCUGCGGCAGCGGAUAAGACUAAAAAAUGCAAAGGCCAGGCGGUCGCGGGUGACUGGUGCAGUGUCGCGUCUUGUGGGUGCCAGUGUAAUGCGGCCCAGGGAUACCAUUUACACGCCAACCACGUUAAUUCCCCCGAUGGCAAAGCAACGGGCUUUUCCGAUUGCGUGCGGAAGACCUGCGCGAACCCCACACCUGCUCUUCCUCCAACAAGUCCGGGCGCCCAGUCGAGGCAUUAUGAGUGCAGCGAUUUGUCCACGGUGCCGCGGCUCGUCCCGGAGGACUACAAUUGCUUCACAAGCGAAAGCGACACUGAUAUCCUGUGUAAAAACAUCCCCACCCCAGAGUUGUAAUGCAAAUCUGCAUGCUGAAAAUGUUUCUCAUGCAGAGCCCCAUGAGAAGCAGUUUCUAUUCGUGUUUUGCAAUUUGUCAUGCUCCAUUCAGCAUGGUAUGCUAGAUCUGUGAUGCUGCUGAGCUAGCUCAAACAGCACUGCGCUACGAGUCCAAAUUUGUCAUGCAAAACAGCCAAAACUUGUGGACUUGUCUAGCCGAUCCCCAUCUUGACUAUGGUGUGGGGACAUUUUUACUCAGGAUAACUGAGUGCACCGAUGCGAAGUGCUGCAGGACCCGGGUUCCCGUCGUGCGCGAUAACGAAAUGCAAGUAGAGCUGUUAGCGGGCUCGGCGGUGGCGUCGAGCGAACGCAGCGACUACGCUGCAGCGAAUUUGAUUGACGACAGGGGUAGCGCAGACUUCGCGGCUGCACUCCAGCAGGACAGUGAUCUCUCUUUCUACAAGCUGCUCAAAGCGGAUGCCGCAGAAACUGGUCGAACAGAAGCUGCGGGACGCCGGUGCCCCUGGAUGCAAAUUGGUUUGGGGGCUGAAAAACUCGUCACAAGUGUGCACCUCUUUGCGUCAAAUUCCGUUCCGCGGCUGGGCGUUUUGUUUUUCAACGUCAAGUACAGCGACCUUAACGAAGACGCCUCAGCCAUUUCGCUCGAAGCUGUAAAAAAUGCUGGCUCGUUGGUGGACGCGGGAUUUCGCGUUGUGGUUUCAUCUACGCCCCGAGAUCCUUCCUCGUGGGGAGCGGACGAUGCGUGCCCGGAUCCGGAAGCUGUUGCUGAUGUAGCUGAAUGCGAGACAGUGAAGUGGGCCGGUGGCGCCGGCGAGCGGCGGUUCCAAAGAGUGGGUGAUGGGUCGGAGGUGAUCGUAGUCAACGAGGGUCCUCCGGGGUACAAUAGAGGCCCAAUUGAUCAGGACCUGCCGCGCGGAGAUUUUCGGCACCUGGUUGCGGCGAGGAUUGAGUGCAAGAGCCAGCUAUCAAAUGUACAUAUCGAAGACCUGGGUCUGGGAGGAUGCGAACUUGUGAUGCUGCAGCUUGAUUCUACAAAAAUCUGUAUUGCAACAUGAACAGCAAAUAAAGACAUGGCUUAGAAGUUUUUGCCAUAGCGAGAGGGCAUUGCUCAUGCGGUAUAGGCAUCAGAAAGCUCUCACAAAAUCUGUGAUGCUAGGGUAUGCAUCACAGACAUCAGGACUCAUGCGUAAAAAGAAUGUGCAUGACAAUCCCUGCAUCCUUCCGGACCCAGAUCGAUAUUUGCAUUCGAUGCCAGCCCGGCCGGUACGUGAUCAUCGAGUUGCCGGUAUUCUGAGUGAAAACGUCUCCACCCCAGAGUUGUCAUGCAGAUUUGCAAUGACAGGAGCGUUUGCGAUGCGCUUUCCCAUGAUAGGCAUUUUCAAUCGCGUUUGGAAGUUGUAAUGCUGUAAACACGAUAAGCAGAUAGAUUUGCAACGCGGCUGUCCUCGCCAGCCUGCACUACACUACGGACUGCAACUUGUGAUGCGUGACUGCCAAAGCUUCUGCACUUGUGUUGCGAGAUCCCGAGCUUGACUCUGAGGCGGGGACGUUUUUACACAGGAUAGCCGGGGGCGGCCGCCGGCGAACGGCGUGUGUUGGGGCUGCACGAGGCAAAAGUUUACGCCGAAUUCGCUACCAUAAAGGUGUCCAAGCCUUCAUCGGCAUCGGCUACGGCAUCGAGCACCUAUACUCAUACCAGCACCCCGAACGGGGCGGAUCGACUUGUCGACGGAGAAAUGGGUACCCUCGCGCAGACCGGAGUGGACCAGGGCGCGCAGAAGUGCCCCUGGCUGCAAAUCGACCUGGGGUCUUCGCAGCAUGUCGGGCAUGUGGAUCUCUAUACCGCAGAUCGGACUUCAAGGCUGGCCUUUCUGUUUUUUGCAACGGCAACGUUAGCGCUUGAUGAAAACACAUUUCUGGACGAUUCAGACCUAGAUACGAUUUCUUCCUCUCUUAACGACGUGGGCUUCCGGGUUUUGGUGGCGUCCACGCCCCGGACCGCGUCAGCAGGCGAUGCGUGCCCCGCCGUUCCGGGCGAAGCGGGAGCGAGUGACGCGAAACUCUGCGAGUUGGUGUCGUACGACGGCGGCAAAGGGCGCGACCGGUUCAAAAACGUGUUCUUUGAUGCGAGUGGGGAGAAGAGGCAGGUGUCGGACACCGGCGGCCCGGGUGCGGAGGGGACAUACGACCUGCUCUAUCCUGAGUAAAAACGUACCCACACCAGAGUCAGGAUGGGGAAUCUGCUAGACAAAUCAGCCAGCUUUGGUUGUUUGGCAUGACAAGUUUGUCCGCGUAGUGUAGUGCUGUUUGAGCUAGUUUAGCAGCAUUACAGAUCUAGCAUCUCGUGCUGAUUGGAGCAUGACAAAUUUCAAAACCGCAUUAGAAAAUGCUUCUCAUAGGGCUCCGCAUGAGAAACAUUUUAAGCAUGCAGAGUUGCAUGACAACUAUGGUGUGGGUACGUUUUUACUCAGGAUAUGCUCAAGGCGAGGAUCGAGUGCUGGGGGCACGAAGGACAGUACGUCAUCAUCGACUUGCCGGACCGCGAGGAUGGAUCAGGCCGCAGCCUCGGAUUGCUGGAGGCCGAGGUUGCUGUCACCAGCGGCGGUGCUCUGGAAAGCGUCCGCGUGGACAAGACUUGCAUAUCAACUGUAAAAAUGUCUGGGUCUGGAAGAUUGCAACUUGUGAUGCUGUCUCUGCAUUUUACAAAAAUGAAUCUGUAUUGCAUCCCCAGCAAGAGGGCUCCAGUUUGUGCUACAUGGAGAGGGUAUUUGUUCUCAUGCGAGAUAGGCAUCAGAAAGCCCACUAAAAAUCUGUGAUGCCAGGUUGUGCAUUACAGACGUCAUGUGUCAUGUAAAAUCUGCAUGACAUCCAGACCCAGACACUUUUACAUUUGAUAUUGCAGUGGGUACCUUGAGUCCUACGCGCAGAGCAGGGAAGGAGAAACGAUCCCACUGGGAGUUGAAGCCCCCACACCGGACUUUUGUAUCGACCCCAGAGGCCUCCGGUCGUACGGCGCGCCGGCGACGCGGUCACACAAGCUUCCUCCCGAAGCCACCUAUAUCACCGUCGGGAUAUCAAAUGCAAAAAUGUCUGGGUCUGGAAGAGCGCAACUUGUGAUGCUGCCUUUGGAUGCCUAAAAAAUUUGUGUUGCAUGAGCAGCAAAAGGAUUCUAAUUUUUGCUACGCGGAGAGGGCAUCUGUCAUGCGGAUUAGGCAUCAAGAAUCCCUCAAAAAACCUGUGAUGCUAGGGCAUGCAUCACAGACAUCAUGGGUCAUGCAAACUGUGCAUGACAAGUCUCAGAAUCUUCCAGACCCAGACAUUUUUGCAUUUGAUACGGGAAGCAGUACCGCAAUUACUGUUGCGUCGAGACGUGCGAGAAAGCCACCGUGGAGAACAAGCACUGCGAACGCCAGGACAUCGUGGAGGCCUUCGGGGUAUCGAAUGCAAAUAUCGAUCUGGGUCUGGAAACUUGUAAUGCUAAAAGUGAACAAUGAGAGUUCCACUGCAAUACGCAGCCAAGCAUGACAAAUUUUUGGGCUCCUAUCAUGUGUUGAUUCUUCCGCAUGGCAAACUACGUUUUUGCAUGACAGGAAAGAGGACAGCUUCGUGCCCAUGCAUCACAGAUUCUUGAGCCAUGUCAGACGUGCAUGACAAAUGUAGCAAUCUUCCAGACCCAGAUCGAUAUUUGCAUUUGAUACGGGGCCAUGUGGCCCCUGGACCCGAAAAAGCUCGAAGAGCACGGGGGAGGGGAAGUCGUUCCGAAGCUUCCGGGCACAAUUUGCUUCGGCGGGGAGUGCACGGUGAUGGGGUGCUGCCAGCUCCGGAACCGGGUGGGGGGCAAAAAGGAGGCCUUUCUCGUUAUCGAAAGGAAAAAUCCCCCCUCCCCAUAUCAAAACGGAACUUGUGAUGCUGGAUUUGUGUACACAAAUCCGAUCUGUCUUGCUGGAGAGGACUGCAGGCCCAUAUCAAGCCUGAGUAGAGAGAUUUUCUUGGCCUCGACGCUUAGCAUGAAGAACGUCCGUGCUGUAGGCCCAACAGCAUCACAAACCGCCAGCAUAAUGCGGCGGUUGUCUGUGGAGUUGCCUUCUUGCAAGACAGACACCAUUUGUGGUCACAAAUCAGCAACAGAAAUUUUCGAAAUAAACAUACCUUGUCACUAUGGGGAGGGGGGGUUUUUCCUUUUGAUACUGGUGCGCGGCCUGAUUCUGAAAUCCACCCUACCGGACUGGCAGUCGGAACGCGCCAGUAUCAAAUGCAAAAGUGUCUGGGACUGGAAGAGUGCGCGAUUUGUCAUGCAGCUUUUCCAUGGCUCAUGAGGUCUGGAAUGCAGGACCUAGCAUGACAGAUUCUCUGCGAUCUCUCUCAUGCCCGCCCUGCAUGAGAAACUCCCUCCCGACUUGAUCACAACUGGCCGACUUUUGGUAAUCAUGCAACACAGAUUUCUGCAUGCUUCAGAUUUAGCAUGACAAGUUGCAUUCUUCCAGACAUCCAGGGAUUUUUGCAGUUGAUAGCCAGAAACACGGUGCUGGCGUUCGUGCGGGAAAAGCUGGAGGCGGUAUAUCUUCCCGGCGGCGUCGGGGACCCCCCCGAAGGACAAGGGAACUUUUACCCCCUGAUUAUGAAAGUGUCAGAAUCGAAAUUGACAAAGUCGAAAAAUUUGUGAUGCACAAAAUCGAUGUCAGUUGGAGCCUCAGUUUCCAAGUGGCGCAUGACAAAUUUGGGUGGAGCCGAAACCCAGUCUGUCAUGCUGUUUGGGCAAAGAAGACUCCUCCUGUCAUGCUACUCUGGCAGCGCAUUGCAUACCCCUAAACAGGCCGAUAAUCGGUCCCAUUUGCCUGCUCCCCAAUACAGGCCUUCAGUGCCCAAUAUUUUAUGCAUCACAAAUUUUUCGAUUUUGUUGAUUUCGAUCCUGACCCAUUCAUAGUGAUGGAAAAGGUCAGCCUGGUUGCCGGAGGCGACAGCUUGCGGAAAACAGCCCGUCGCGCGCUCGACGACGCUAUCGAAUGCAAAUAUGUCUAGGUUCUCUCCUGGAAAGAUGCAAACUUGUCAUGCUCAUCGUCAGUCACACAAAAUUCUCUCAUGCAGGAGCACCAAAACCUUAAAUUUUUGCCCACGCGGAGAGAAGAUUUCUCAUGCUGAGUAGGCAUUGCAAAGCUCCCGCAAGAAUAAAACCUGUUGUGCGAGGCUCUGCAUCUUCGCAGACCUGCCGGGUGAUGCAAAACCUCCAUGACAAACUUGACAUAUUUGCAGUGCAUAGACGCCGACGAGGCGGCCAGCACGGCGACAUGGAACGUGACCGAGUAUGACUUCUAUUUUGACACCGUGCUGGACCCGACGAGGCAAAUCAAGGCGCUGACGACCGUGGAGCUGGUGGAAAGGCUCAACAAGAAGAUUGGGAGUAACGUAUCCAAAGGAAAAACGUCCCCACCCCAGAGUCACGAUGGGGAUUGUGCAACACAAACCUUGAAGUUUUGGCAGCCACGUAUGACAAAUUGCAGGCUGUAUUGUAAUGCAGUUCAGCAAGGGGUGGAGUCGCAUUACGAAUCCAUCUGCUUAUCCUGUUUACAGCAUUACAAGUUCCAACACACGAACGGGAAUGCCUAUCAUGGGGAUGCGCAUUACAAAUGCACUUGUGCUUGCAGAUCUGCAAGACAACUCUGGGACGGGGAUGUUUUUACACAGGAUAUAGCGCCCAGGUGCGGGCGACGAAGUGCGGGUAUUUUGCGCAGCCCGGCGUUGUCGGAACGAGCUGGGUAUGGCCUGCAAAAAUGUCUGGGUCUGGAAGGUUGUCAGGUUUGUCAUGCAGAUUCUGCAUGAUCCGCGACGCCUGUAAUGCAUGAUCUAGCAUCACAGAUUUUUCAAGGGCUCUCUAAUGCCUAUCCCGCAUGAGAAAUUCCCUCUCCGCGUAACACAAACUGGACUCCUCUUGCUGGUCAUGCAAUACAGAUUUUUUUGGAAUCCAAAGACAGCAUCACAAGUUGCAUUCUUCCAGACCCAGACACAUUUGCAUUUGAUAUUGUGUGGACAAACCCCCGGUGGAGACGUAUCCUAAGUAAAAACGUCCCCAUCCUCCCAUAGUCAAGAUGGGAUAUCUGCUAGACAAAUCAGCCAGCUUAGGUUGUUGCGCAUAACAAAGUUGGCCUCGUAGUGUAGUAGUCGCGUUUACUUAAAAAUAGCUUGCUCACCAGCAUCACUGAUCUAGCCUAUUAUGCUGAUUGGCGCAUGGCAAAUUAUUCCAAAGCACGACUAGAAGAGGCUUGCCAUUGAGCUCCGCAUGGGAAACCUUUUGAGCAUGCAGAAUGGCAUAAGAGCUAUGUUAUUGGGUGGGGGCGUUUUUACAUAGGAUAAGACGCACAUCAAAACAAACACCACGCUGUCCAAGUGGGACAAGCACGAAAAACUUAUGACCCACUCAGGUGUUACAAUUUCAAACGUUGCAAUAGAGUCGGGGUUUCGUCUUGCAUGAUGAGCAUGACAGACUCGCAGAGCUGCGUUCCACUUUCUGCAAUACAAAUUUCGCCAGAUAAUUGUAGUGGGGUUUGGAGCUCCGGAUAACUUCUCAUGCGCAAUCCUAUGAGAGUUGGCUAGAUCAUUCGCACUCUUGCAUCACAGAUUUCCAUAUUCUAUUGCAACCGAUUUGAGUAUUGUAACAGCUGAGCGCGCUAUACGACUGUGGUGGAAAAUCGUCUUUGGGUGCAUCGUUCUCCUGGUGGUGCUCAUGUACUUGUAUGUCUGCUACUUGCACCCCCUGACGAUGGCGCGGCUGGAGCGGGAGGAAAAAGAGCAGGAGAUGGCGCAGGCGGCCUCCGACUGGGCGAGCCACUACAACGUGCAGCAGGCGGACUACACGUCGGCGCAAGGCGGGCUCUUCGGCGUGACGCUGUCCGGCGGUUUGCCGAACAACCGGGGCACGCACGGCGGCACCUGGGGCGGUCCUUCGUCCUUCAGCGGCACCGCGGCCGGCGCCGGCCGGCCGCAGUCCUGGGGCGGGCCAAGCUCCUUCGCCGGAACGGCGCGAGGCGGGGGCGCCGGUAUCAAAACGAAAAACUCCUUUUCCUUGCUUUAUCCUUUUUCUUUGUGACGAGAUGCUGCAAUACAAAUUUUUAAUUUUGAUUUGUGCUGUGCAUCUAUCACAAGUCGUACAUGAUCGCAAAUCCCCGUUUGAGUAUGGGGACAUCAAAAUAUCAAAGGAUUAUUUUAAGAACAUUUUUCGACAACAGGCGGCCAGCAGUCCUGGGGCGGGCCCAGUUCUUUCGCCGGAACGGCGCGCGGCGGGGGCGGCGCCGCCUCGCAAGCGCAGUGGUGGGGCGGCGCUGGCCAGUACUAUGGGGACGGGCAGCAAGGAAGCUGGGACGGGCAGUGGGGCGGCGUCGGACAGUCUUGGGACGGUGGAGGCCACGGAUACGCGGGCGGGUCGAGACAAUGGGAUUGGAAUGGCACUGCCGGUGGGUACACGAAUAACGGGCAAGCAGCGCGUUGGAACGCCGCACCUCAAGUCUACGGCAACUCGGCUUACCACUACUAAACGAAGUGGAGCCACCAGCAAGUAGAAAUGCAAGUUCAACGUAAGUACAAAACCAAGCGUCAAAAAUAAUCGAUGGCAAAUUUAUUGUGUUGACGCAAAGAUUUUUAUUGUUAAUUUUUUCUUCUUUUCUUUGGCAAAGAAAUUAUGUUUGGUCUCUUACCUCUUUCACAGUUUUCAUUUUGUUUACAUUUUCAGUUUCAACAGCAAGACACAAUGUUUCAACUUUUUGAGUCGUAGCAGCAGUGGUUUAUAGCUUCAGUGUCA